ACUUUGUGUUUGUGUGUGUUCGUCUAGUUUGAUAUGAUCGAUCCGUGGGCAAAUCCCAACAUGGUCUCAUGCUCCAGCGGCGCCGACGGCCUCCUCCUCGUCCCGUGCCUGGACGGCCGCGUCGCGUCUACCAUCGUCGCGGAGCAGGGGGGCAAGCAAGUGCGCCGCAGGGCCGUUGUCGACGCCCACGUCCCCGACUUCACCUACCUCGUCUGCAACCCUCUCACCGGCCAGGUGCUCCGCGUCCCCAAGCUCUGGGGCACCACCAAGGCUCUGCGCGACUCCCGCGUGGGCAUCCUCACCCAGGUCGACCGCGGCUACGGGCUGCCUGACAGGUUCGUCGUUGCUAUGCACUUCAGCCAAAAGAAUAUGCUCCGGUUUCGCUCAGACACGGGCAAGUGGGACUCCACCAAGAGCGGGUGGGAGGAUCCUCGUGCGCAGGGGCUAAAGAUCAGACAGGAGACGGUGGCCUUCGGCGGCCGGCUGUGGUGGGUGGACCUGAGAUACGGCGCCAUAUCGGCGGAUCCAUUCGCCGAUCUGACGGAGACCCCCUUCGUCGAGCUGCCCAAGGCCAGCGUGCUGCCUGAAGCUCAAGGGCACGAAGCGUACCAGCAGCUGCGCAAGUACCGGCGCGUUGGGGUCAGCGAGGGGAGGCUUCGGUACGUCGAGGUGUCUCAGAGAGAGCCCUUCGUGCUCAGCUCCUUCACGCUAGAUGAAGAGAGCAGCGGCGGCUGGACGCUGGAGCAUCGAGUGGCGCUCAGCCGGGUCUGGGCGGCGGAUGGAGGAGGCCACCCGUGGCUGCCCCUGCAAGGGAACAAGACGCCACAGAUCUGCGUUCUUGACCCGUUGCACGCCAAUGUCAUACACGUCAUUGUCGGCGAGCACGUCGUCGCCGUGGACAUGGACGUGGGGAAGGUGACUGGGAGCUCUCUGCUUCCUCCUGAUAACCACCGGGGUGGUUUCAUACCAUGUGUGCUUGGAUCUAGCCAGAUCCCCCCUUCUAAAGGCAAGGACAUCUCAAAAAACCAAGCCUAUGCUGACGUUCGAGUUCAUUCAGGCAGGAAUGAUGACGAAUACUACUAGGAGUCCAGAACCAGGCUACAACUUCAUGUAUUUAUAUUUGUUAUAACUAAAAUAUGCAGAUGCAAUAGUCAAUUAGGAAGGUGCUGGUGCUAGUUUGCUGAACUCUCAUUUCGGAUGAAAUCUGAAGAAGUUUUUGGGUUUCUUCAAAUUUUCUGAUGGACUUAACAUAUCUCUUUUUGGGGCAGUCCUGAGAAUUUGUUCAAACUUCCUAUUCACACUAGAACAAUUCUGUAGAGCGGCAUGUAAUGGCCAUCGCAGAGCAGCAUGCAUGCUACGUUUACUUGCAGGACAAUAUGCUACGUUACCUUAUCCAGCGAUCUCUACUUAAUCGGGUGUGGAGUUUUGGCUCCCGUGUCCAUCUACUCCUGAUAUCUGGACCACAUAAGCAGCCAAGAGGAUGUGUGCCAAAAUCAAUUACUAACGAUAUACGUGUGUGCGGAAACAUGCGUAUAGCCUCGUUCGUAUGGACAAACAGUGUAUGGAGGGCCCGUAGACUUAAUGAGAGAUUUUGAAUUGGCCCGUCUGUUGCGUCCUGACAUAACGGUCUUUUAGUGGCAUGCUUGAUGGACCGAUGGUCCAAAACGUUGCAGACGAAUGGUCUGAGUUGCAGAAAAUUACAAGACUGUCGUC